GCUGUGCAGGUGCCGUUUCGCGCCGACGAGUAUCUGAUAGGCGCGCCAAGCUACACUCUUGAUGCGUUCAAGAUACCGCGACUGCGCCAGUGCCCGUUUGAUGUCGACAGCAUGACUUGGGAGGCUCAAAUCGACGGCGGCCUCGAUGGCUAUGUGUGGAAAGUCAAAUUUGGAGACCAAGGGCCUUUUGUGCUCAAAGUGUUCUGGGACACGGAGCCUCUUCCAUACGACUCCAUGACCUACCAUCCCGUCCAGCGUGAGUGCCACAAUGCGGCGCUUCUAGAGAUGAUGCAGGAAUCGAUUGCCCAGGCCACUCCCGAGUUGCCGAUUUUGGUCAACGCCAACCCGACCACUCGCGAAGAUGCAUGGGCCAACCAAGUGGCCUUUUCCCAAGACCGGCGUCUUCUACAGCAGCAAAGAUUCUCAAAGGCCUGUAUUGAGACUAAGUCAAUUUCCGCGAUGCCGCGCAUGAGAAAAUGCUACGGCUGGCUCAGCAUUAGCAGCAAGGUGCUACGCACAUGUCCCCGGCCGAUGCGGGCGCCACCACUUCGCAUAGAGAAACUGAGACGGCAGAUGUUAUCGACCAAGGAUUAUAUCGCCAUUGUAUAUGAAUACGUAGAACAAGGCGAGAAUGACCAUGCUGUUGUGGGGGAUGUGCUUGAAUUUCUCUGGCUCGCCGGCUUCAGUCUCACUAGCUCACCGCUGGAGAGAAACUGGGAAAGCGGCGUACUCCUAGAUCUCUGUGACAUUGUUUCACCAAGAGGCUUUGGCUGGAAGAAACAUCGUUACGGAAACCGAGACGUGUCACGAAUAUUG